UGAUCUAAAUGGCACCACGAGUCACCAACUCUUUUUGUUGCUGUAAUGUUGGCUACUUAAGUGAAAUUUCUUGAGGUGAUGUUAUCUAAAUUAUUUUCCUGAUUCCUGAUUGAAGUUCUUCAUUAGACAUGACUACCACGUUAAUUAUCUUUACUUUUGUGUGCAUACGGCUGAGGGGUAGAAGUUUCUUCUCUUAUGCAAGCAUUAACCAUGCUCUUCCUGAUGCUUAGUGAAGUAUUGGUUACUUUACAUUUAUCUAAUAGCUUCAUCAGCGAAGUAAUUCAUUUAUAUGCAGGCCAUUGACCCAAGGACACGCAUGGUUUUGUUCAAGAUGUUGAAUAGUGGUGUUUUUAAUAAUAUAAAUGGCUGCAUUUCUACAGGAAAAGAGGCAAAUGUCUAUCAUGCAACAAAAAUAGAUGGCGAGGAGCUAGCAAUCAAAGUCUAUAAAACCUCUGUCCUUGUCUUUAAGGAUAGAGACAGAUAUGUUCAAGGAGAUUAUCGUUUUAGAUAUGGUUACUGCAAGCAUAAUCCCCGGAAAAUGGUUAAAACCUGGGCUGAAAAGGAAAUGAGAAAUCUUAAAAGGAAAUGAUUCAUGACGGAUAUAAUUCUGGAAUAUGGUCCUAUUGGCAAAAUUUCUUUUUUGUUGUUGUAGAAAGGUUGGUUUCGUUUCAAACUCUCUGGAUCGUUUGCAUUUGGCGUGUGGCUGAGGAUGGUGACUGUAGUGGCACUGCAUAUAUAGAAUGGAGAUCAUAAUGCCAAGGUAGCAUACAUGUGUAAUUUGACAGGACGGUUUUGCCUACAAUGUAUACAAUAUAUAUUCUAAA